AUGAUAAUUUUAUUUUUUUUUUUUUUAGAAAAACAAAGCAAAAGAAUGUCAGCUUGUAAAAAGAAUAAAAUUGAAAAAAAGGUUCGCGAGCACAACAGAAAAGUUGGUAAAGAGAAAAAAAAACAUCCUGAAGGAAAAAAAAAAAUUACCCAAAUUACGAAUCAAUGUCCAUUCAAAGAAGAUAUUCUCAAAGAAGCCGAAGCCUUAAGGAAGCAAAAAGAAGAAGAAAAACAGAAACGUCGCGAAGAAAUGCUAGCUGAAAAACGUAAAAAACUAGCUGGUGGUAUUGAAAGUCUUGUAGAAAAUGCAGCAAACAAAUUAGAAGAACAUGAGUCAACUACUAAUUCUAAGACUUGUCAAUCAUCAUUUCAAACGAUGAAAGACGAAAAUUCUUUGAAGACGUAUUUUAAGAUAUUUCAAAAAGUGGUAGACUCAGCUGAUGUUAUUUUGGAAGUUGUUGACGCGAGAGAUCCUCUGGGAACUCGAUGUGAACAAGUAGAAAAUGCAGUAAAUUCGUCGAAAAGCAUGAAAAAAUUGGUGUUAGUCUUAAAUAAAGCAGAUUUGGUCCCUAGAAAAAAUCUUGAUCAGUGGCUUAAAUAUCUUCGGGGUAGUUUACCGGCUGUUGCUUUUAAAGCUUCAACUCAAGACCAAUCGAGAAACUUGGGUCAUAGAAAAUUGGCUUCUAAAAACGAAUCCAUGAUUCAGAAUAGUGCUUGCUAUGGUGCUGAAUUAAUAAUGAAAUUAUUAGGGAAUUACUGUCGGGAUCUCAAUGGAGUUAAAAAAAGUAUAACUGUGGGUAUUGUCGGCUUACCUAAUGUUGGGAAAUCAAGUGUUAUUAAUUCAUUAAAACGAAAUAAGGUUUGUAAUGUAGGUAAUCUUCCAGGAAUUACCAAGAGUAUGCAGAUUGUUCAGUUAGAUUCAAAAAUCAAGUUACUCGAUUCACCGGGAAUCGUAUUUGCUGAAUCCAACCAAAAUGAAGAUUAUAAUAGCUCAUUAGCACUUAAAAAUGCUAUCAAAAUACAAUCUUUAAAAGACCCAAUAACUCCAGCUUCUAUAAUACUAAAACGUAUAAAACGACCAGAUGUGAUGGAACUUUAUGGCAUAGGAAAUUAUUUUACACCUGAAGAGUUUUUUGCCAUCAAAGCCAAACGGAUGGGUAUGCUGAAAAAGAAAGGAAUUCCUGAUUCGGUUGCAGCAGCUUGCAGUCUUUUAAAUGAUUGGAAUUCGGGAAAGAUAAAAUAUUUUACAUUACCACCAAAAACUUCAUUCACUAAUGAAUCUGUAGAAAUUGUAAAACAAGUUGGUGGUGAAUUUGAUAUUACGAAGUUUGAAAAAGAAGAAAAAAUGUUGUUUGAAUCAUUGGAUAAUAUGGCAGAGGAAAAUAAACUAGCUAAUAUGAAUUCAAUGUCCCUUUCUAGCGCUAACUCAGAUGAGACAGCUUCUAACUCACAAAAAAAAAUUAUCAAAUUACAAAAAAUAAAUGAGAAAGUGAAAAACAAUUCAGUAACUUCGAGCAAAAGCGUGCAGACAAAGAAAGGCAAAGAUCUGCUUUCAGAAAUUGAAGGAAAUCAGCAAUUGAAUAAACUUAAUAAACUCUACUUUAAGAAACAAAAGAAAGAAAAAAUAAGAAGAGAUAAACAAACGACCAAAUUGGCUGAUCAGCUAGAAAACUUCUCUAUGGGGGAUGGUUCUGAUAAUUAUAAUUUUGAUACAGAUUUUAAUAUGGAUAAAUAA